GUCACAAACAUCGUGUCUAAUAACUACCCGAUGGCAACAGGAAACGAGCAGCGCGGUGGCGCUUCUUCGUCCUCUGCGGUGACCGCGGACGGAUUGUCAUCUUCGGGAAGAACCGGCAAGAGCUCUCGAAUGGGUUUGGCUGCUGCCUUUGAUCAACGCCAGCAAGACCAGUACUACGCUACCGAACCACAGCGAUCCGGGGUCGUCGCUGCAGACUCGUCCUCGUCGUCUGCAGUAAAAGGAAACGCCAGCACAAGCUCAUCUUCUGCAACGAGCUCCAGUUCAUCAUCCUCCUCAUCGUCAUCUUCUGUUGGCAACCACGACAUCAAUGCUGGAGACGUUGAAAAUGAGAUUUUUACUUCCAAUUCCAAAAGCUCGGCCGCAUCCAGCAGCCGCAGCAAGUCCUCAGGAACUUCUUCCAGCGAAGCCAGCAAAAAUCAUGCGCGGGAUCAGUUUUACAUGAAAAGCUACACAACUUCGGGCAGCAUGAACAGUUCUGCACCACCAUUUCUCGCACAGGAAAACGAGGUGGAGGUUAGUAUCAUGAGCACACUACGAUCAGCAGAGGCGGAAAAUCGACUUCGGAAAGAGCAGAAAAAUAUGAACGCUGGGAUGUUGAAUGCAGCCACAUCUUCUAGAAAAAAAGACCCACACGAUGAACAACAGCACAACGCCCCGGGCAGUGCAACAGGUUGUGGCAGUGGUUCUGCUUCCGCACGCACACUGUCGAAGGCCGCAGAAGGCACAACCGAAGAGGAAGUGGUCUUGGUCGCGAAGAAGGAUAGUGUUUUGGAAAACCUGCGCAUAUCCCAGGAGGCCGCACAGAAAGCCGCCGCAGCCGGACCUCGAGCUGGCGGAAUUUCUUCACGAAAUAAAGCGGGUACGAAAAAAGCGGUUGAAGUAUCGUCGUUGCCAACAUCGCUCCCGCAACCUGCUCUACCGCAAUUCGGCACUCCGCCCCUGAGUUUGGAGCAGCAGGAGGCGAACCUGGAAAAGCCGCGAGGGGGUAAGGACUCGCUUCAGCCGGUGGUGCAAAUGAAGCUGCGAAUUUCGUCCCCCACCGCCGCUGACCUGCACCAGCAGGCCGAGCAACUAAUCCCUAUCGAGAUCCGGCAGCAACAGCAGCCGCAUUUGCGCAGUUCCUCUGAAGGAGACUUUACUCCUUCCCCCGGGGCAGGAAAGCCUGUAGGCCACCAGCACCUCCGGCAAGGAGGGGCGGAGGGGCCAGAAGAAGAAGAAGCGGAACAGCCCAAGGAAUCCCUGUACAGAAAUCAAGCCCACCAGGUGUUCUACAAGAAGAAACAGGUCACGAGGGACGGGCUCGGCCGAAAUACGCAAUUCUACGUCAAUAACUAUGGAGGCUUUUAUCCGGAUCAGGUUGAAGAUGUCGAUAUAAUCCGUGAAGAAGUAGGUGUCUCGCAAAGUAGAACCACGCCGCUGACAGCCGAGAACGUUGAGAAGUACAAUAAUCACUACCGCCACGACCAUGAUCAAGAAAUUGCAACUACGCACCAGCAGAGUCGCGAAGACCGGUUAUUCCACCACUUGAAAUUGCCAGAACAGCACGUUGCACCACGGGGCCCUCACCGGCCGGGUGAUUUUCAAAUGCAGGAGCACGCUGCCCAGAACUACCACGACGACGGCGCGAGGCGGAGCUACAUCAUGGACGAUGGCACGACAAACACUCUUAUGGAUGAUCAUUCCAAGUCCGGCCACGAGCACGAAUUUUUCCAAUUUGGAAGAACCAGCCUUGAUCCCGUAGACUUUGAAAUCAGAAAAGCGCAACAGGACGAGAUGCAAGAACAGCAUCAACAUGACGAACUGCGCGGAAACAUCAACAUCGCUUCAACGCAGCUGCAGCCUCAACCUGUCGUGCAGCCGCCGCCAUCAGACCAAACCGCAAUUAUGAUGGGCCGCGAAACAAGUAGUUUGUUGGAAGAGACCACCAGAGAGAAGAUCCUUCAGCAAACGAAAGAGACGGAGGAAGUGUAUCAGAAUGCGAUCCUCGAGUACUUGGCCGCAAAGAAUCUAGACGUGGAGGAAGCGAGAACGAUUUUCGCUGAAAAUACCAAACACAGAGUUUUUCUGCAGAAACAGCACUUGAAUGAUUCCUCGGACAGGAGCAAGCGAUCGAUGGGGUUGAAAUCGAAUACAACUAGUGUUAAACCGCUGUCCGUUAUCACGAGAAAAAAGUGUUACAGUUACACAUUUGUUGGAGUUUCUGCAUCACAAAUUUUCUCUGUGUAGUGGCAGGGAAAACUUGUAAUGCGAAGAUCAUAAGAACGGAAAACAGGAAGAAAAUGAGGAUCCCAAGCAUUUCCUGCAUGAGAGAGGUUAUCUGUGUUGCCGGUCUUGCAACACAAUGUGUAACUGUAGCACUUUUUUCUUGCGAUAUCCGUCCGGCAAUCCGGCGUGAAUGUCGUCGACGACCAAAGUCGCGAACUAAAUGCAGCGGAGGACGAGCAUGGCAUUGUUGACAAGGAGCUGGCCUCGGGAGGUUUUUCUGAAAUGGACCAGUUAAAGCAGCUCGCGGAAGUUUGUCGGGGGAUCGUGAAGAGCUAUUACGCGGCACAGAAAAGGAGCGAUGUGGAACAGACACGGGGACAGCAAACGGGACCAGUACCUCCGGAACACACUGUUUCUACAGUUGCAGGAUUGACUAUCGAAAUAGAAAAGGUCUUCGAACAGUGCAGGUACAAAAGACUUCGUGAUUGCGGUGGUGUUUUUGGAAAUUGUAUGUGAAGCAACCGCAAUGGCAAGUUCUACUUUUUGCUUUUUUGCCGUAUCAAUUACUUAGAUUCAUCGUCGCAAGUGGACGACAGGAGCUGCAUUUGUUGUGCGACCAGGUGCAUUUUCCGCAAAAUAAACAUUCACGCACCAUACCUCUCAUUACUAUUUGCGAUUUUAUUCACCACGAAAUUAAUCAGGACCGCGGAUUCGCGACAUGCGUCUGAGAUUUCCAAGCUCCACAGCCGGUAUUCUGUCAAGGAGGCCGCGUGGAAGGAGGAGAUCGAGGAGAUGGGAGAGUUACUGAAAAAACUCUCCGAAACAGAAAAGGAACUCACCGCGGCUUUGAGUGAGCAAGAAGAAGCGAUCCCCGACGAGCAUGACGGCGACGGGACGACAGCCGAUGUUCAAACAGGAAGGGUAAUGAGUCCUCUGCGCAAGAAGCUGCAAAUGCGCACGAGUGGGGCUGUCACGGUCGAAGUGCGAGAUGAUCAAGGAAUACCAAAUGCGAAGAACGACGAACAUGAAGUGUCUCUAGGACGACGAUCAAGCAACACGGUAGGUGCAGCUCCCGAAGACAAAACGGUGGGUAGAGACAAAGACAAUAAACCAAGCACGACUUCAGCACCCUCAGCAGUUGUUUCACCACAACCCGCGUCGGUGGAGGUCCCACCGAAUACAACUGCUUCACAGAAGCCGGACUUCCUGCAAGAAUACAAACAGCAGACGAAUAGCGCGAGAAAUCCUUCUUCUUCAUCGUCCGCCAUGCCAAGUGCGGGACCUCCUGGUAUCCCUGCAGGAGACGCGAUUCUGAAGCUCCUGCAGCUCUGCCUGGAUUAUGCCGAAACCAUCACCGGUGACUUGGAGUCCGCCGCGAAACGGGACGCGAAGCAGAUCCAGAAUCUGCUCAACAGCAGCAGGGAGCAGGACUUCGACGCCGUGCGGAUUGUGAACGCGGCGACCGAACUACGGCAGAGAAUGAACACUGACUUGAAAGACAACUUGCUGAAGUUUGCAAGCUUUGGUGGUGCUGGGGGCGAACGGGUUGGUGACUCGUCCAUGUCGAAAAUAAGCCUCGAACAAGAACGCAACAAUUUUCCCCAGGCCUGGCUCCGCUCCUUCCAAGCGGUGUUGACGCGAGCGCGUGAUCUCCAUUCGGACCUCACGUCCUUCCGAAUUGUGAAGGAAUUGCAGCAGACGCACGCCCUGGAGAUGGAGAAAGAGCUGGCGAAGAAAACUAUCACGACCGGGAUCAAAGAGCAGGAGUUUGAAAAAAUUUUGAAAGCCAAAGUUCUGGAAGUCGAGACCUACUACGACGCGCAAGUGUCCAAACUCGAGGCGAAGGUCGAGGAGCUAAAGCUUCGCGAGCAGCAACUGAAGCAGAUGUUGCAGGCCGCGGCGGAAAGCUAUCAAGCCAAAUUGCAAGCGGAGCAGGCGGGAUGGAAGGUCGAAAGGGAAGCGAUGCGAGCAGAGUUUCAGGAUAGGAUACAGCGGGGGGAGAAGGACGUAAGUAGAGUGAUUCGUUUGUUUUUCUUCAUCAUUCUUCGAAGCUUUUAUCCCGGUUCCAGUGGUCAUAUGUAUUUAUUUUCCGUGCAGUUGCAGUUCUUGUGCUUUGAAGGAAUAGCAGGAAUUUCGAGUGUACUACUGUGUCGAUCAUGUGUAGUUAAUGUUGAUGAGUUGUAACAUCCAAAACUAAAUAGCUUGUUUCUGCCGCGGGGCAGAAGCAGCGGCACUUGCAGCAGCAGCUUAGCCAGGUGCUGUUUGAGAACGAGAAGUUAAAGCAGCUGAAGCCGCUGCCGCUCGAACAGAACCUGCGGAAAACGAUCGAGAAUCUCAAAGACGAACUGCACAGCCAGAACUUGGAGAGCAGCAACGACGUGGCGGCGCUGGAACAGAUGCUGGCGGACCAUGAGAAACAGCUCGCAGUCUGGCGGGAGCAAAUUGAGACGGCCACGAAGGAGCCGGACGUUGCUUCUGAUGCGACGAGAGGACACCGGCAGCCACGAUUUGCAAAAUUGCAGAUGCAGCGAUCUAGCAGGAAUUUGGGACACGACCUUGAAACCUUUCUUGGCGAAGGUACAGCUGUUGGAGGUCAUCUGCAACAGAACGGAACUACACUGAUCGGUGGAACUACAACCACUCCUAGUGGUACAAGAACUGGCUCUGGCGCCACACAGACACAGGAGCAUCUUCACCAAGAAAGAGGUAGCUCGUCUUCCUCGGGAAAGCACAACACAAGAGACAGGAAUACCGCCGGAGCGGCAGAUGUCGUCGUUCCUUCCAACGCGUUCGCGCCCUCUCCCUUCGAGCAAUCAGCGUCUUCGUCGAGUACUAGUAGAAAUGACGGAAAUGAUUCAAACGCUUUAUUUUUGCAGAAUUAUCAGCGCCACCCGCCUCCGAACCGCGUCUUUACCGCCACCGCCAAACACCACCACCCAGUGCACCACCACCACAAGAGAAUGUACGGCCACGAAACGCUGCGAGAAGAGCAGUCCCAAGCGGCACAGAUGGUCGCGCUACACAAAGAGAACCGGAAGAAUAGAUUUACUGCGUCAAAGGAGGAGGAUAUUAGUAGCGUUGUUCAACAAAUGAAAACUUAUAGCGGCGGUGCGCCUGCUCCUGCUGCGGCUUCUUCUUCCAGCACGGCGUUUACGUCGGACGAAGAUUACCACACCACACCCUUCAGGCAGCAAUUUUCCCGAAGAUCGGCGAAAAACCCCCAACCGGGAGGUGGUGGCGGACCCUCUGCUGGUCAGCAACUACAGCAAAAACCGAACAAAAUAACGAAGCGAGGAGCGAAGGAAGAGUCGGUGUCUGAAACGAGGACAGCAGCGCAUGGUGCAGGAGCCGCGGCACAACAUUUGGCAGCUUCUACUACAACAACCGGUACCGGGCCGCCAAGUAGAAGCCGCGUGCCGGGGAAGCCGAAACAACUGCAGCUGGAGCAGGAGGAUUUUUUUCACGACGCUGAAAAGGAUCGCAUCCCUGACGAAAAUGAAGAUCCCCCUCGCGGCCCCAAAAAUUUUUCCGGCGGUGGUCCAACUAGAAGCAGUCCUAAUCAUGACACCUCCGCUCCCGUCCCGAAGCUCCGAGUGGAACAUGAAGAGCCCCCGCCCGCAGCGAAAAAGAACACAUUUGAGCUUUUGGAAGAGUUUGCCCACCAGUCCGCGAACCUUUCCCAGCCGUUUUACCAUGCGGAGUACAUGAAGCCGGAUAACUUUCUGCAGGUACAACCUCCGGAGUUGAAGGACGUGAAGAAAAGGGUUGCGGACCGCGUGGAGACGUUGAAAAAGCAAAAUUUUGAACACGCGAUGAAAGUGCAGGAGCAAAAGAAGAACCAAGUUCUUUCCACAAGUCCAAGAAAUUACGACUCAGCGAUUCAGAUUCUUUCAGCGAAAAACGGCAGUCUGCGGGUGAAAGUGCGCAACCAGCCUGCGGAAAUAAAUGCAGUGAAAAAUGAUGCAGCAGCAGCGGCGGCCGGGGCGGUUGUAGAAACAACUCCCACAAGGACCGCUAAGAUGCUAGCUAGUACAAAAACUUCCCGAAGAAACCACACGCCUAGCGACAGUGUUGAUAACACUGCAAGGACAGCAGCGGAACCAGCACAACCCACCGAUAGUACGAACGAUCGAGUUCCCGAACUCGAUACACCGAUGAUGGUCAUGCCCCGGUCCUACCGCUACCAAGAACAGAACUACUCCACCACGCACUUGUUGAAUCAAUCGAGGAUCCUUGCUGGCGGCGGGGGAACAUCAAACAUCACUCCGGCGCUGAUGACAACUCUUAGUGGAGGUGGUGUGCCGUCGUUGUUGAGUAACGGCCCUUCCCCAACCGCGAUCGGAGUGGGGGUCGGGAUCGGUGGCGUGUCAUUGAACAAACGGGCGGAAGAGGACGACUUUGCAAGGGGGUGGCACAACUGAAGAAAUAGGAAGGGAUAGCAUUUUGUUUCAAGAAGACAAGAAUACGAAAAAAAAAUUCGUCUGUACGGAAUAAUUUUGCAUUCAUUUUGCGUGCGAGAACGAAGGAGCACCGCAGCACAGGAUUUUGACAAUUGACGGUCGAUAUAUUCUGAUGACCAAGUUCCUUAUGCUUAGCCUUCUCCUGUUAUCUUAAUUUUUUGCUCUUCUUUCGUUAUCUUUUGCAACUUGAUGAGGAGGCUUUUCUUCUACGAAGACUGUUGUAACUUUGCAAUGUAAGUACUUAGUUGUACUAAAGAU